AUGGAGAUGAUCUUCAUUGAUGAACAAGGCGACACAGUGCAAGCUUCCAUUAAGUAUACAUUGUUAUACAGAUUUGAGUCUAAGAUCAAAGUGAACAGAUGUUAUGUAAUGUCAAAUCUAUCCGCUUUUUUUAGUGUCAAGACCUACAAGUAUGUCAUGAAUGAUUAUAGAGUCACUUUUGAAUAUACAUCCACUGUGAGAGAAGUUGACAUUCCGUCCAUUCCAAUGUAUUCAUUUAAGUUCACAUCUUACGCAGAUAUACAACAAGCGUCAAACAACAAUGAGUAUACGAUAGGUUCAUUGAAUCAUGUAUCGGGUGGAACAAAACAAAACAUUCCAUUUGAACUUGAAGAUAUUGAUGGUUCGAAGGUCAACUGUUUGUUGUGGGGAAAGUUUGCUGAAUACAUACUUCAACGAAUUCAAGAUAUUGGUGUAGGGCCGUAUAUUGUUGUGAUACAAUUUGCAACGACUAAGAUAAAGAAUGGUGAAGUUCAGGUAUCUAACCAUUGGUAUUCAUCACGUGAGCUUAUAAAUGAGGAUAUACCUGCAAUUAAUGAGUUCAAAUCGAGUCUCAUUCGAAGUAAACCAAAUAGUGGUCAAGUGAUAAGUCAAAAAUCGUCGCAGUCUUACACGAUGGAAGAUGAUUUCAUACGUAAGACUGCCAGAAAAAAAUUGGACGAAUUGAGUGACACAAAUGAGCCUGGCAAAUAUGUUGUAUUGGCCACUAUUAAGGGUCUUGUGAAAACAUUAAAGUGGUGGUACAAUGGUUGCAUGAAGUGUAAUAGAUGUGCUAGACAUGAUUCAAAAAUGUGGUAUUGUCACGUUUGCAUAGCUCAUUGGCCUACUGCGAAGCCAACUUAUAAAGUUGAAGUCAUUAUCAUGGACGAUACAAAUUUAGCUUCGAUGAUUGUAUUUGGGAAAGAAGCUGAAAGGAUGCUAGAUAUUUCUGUAGAAACAUUAAUUCAAACAAUCCGAAACAGGGUAUAUUGA